AUGGCAGUCCAUGAUCUUUAUGGUGACAGAAAGCCAGAUUGGCAUAUUGUGCUAGAUGUCCUUUCUUGGAUAUUCUGGUCUAAUGCUACAAUUUUACUGAACAAAUGGAUUAUCAACUCGGCGGACUUUCCUAUUAUUUUAACCUGUUGGCAUUUAAUAUUCGCUACGAUCCUCACCCAAAUCCUGGCUCGGACAACAAGACUUCUCGAUGGCCGCAAGAGUAUCUCCAUGGACACUCGGAUGUAUUGCCGAAGCAUCAUCCCCAUCGGCCUUCUGUACUGCGGCAGCUUGGUGUGCAGUAAUGUUGUUUAUCUGUACCUCAAUAUCUCAUUCAUUCAAAUGCUCAAGGCUGCUGGCCCUGUUGUCACACUGAUCACAAGCUGGUCCUGGAGGGUUGCCAAACCGUCAGCGGCGGCUUUUAUCAACAUCCUUGUCAUUACAAUCAGUGUCGCACUGGCUGUGUCAGGCGAGGUCAAAUUUUCCUGGCUUGGCUUCUGCUUCCAAUUUGCGAGUCUGGUCUUUGAUGCAAACCGGUUGGUCAUGGUGCAGAUUCUCCUGUCAGACAGCGAGUACAGGAUGGAUCCUUUGGUCAGCCUUUAUUAUUUCGCACCUGUGUGUGCAGUUAUGACCUCGGUGGUUGCCAGCUAUACCGAAUACCCUACUUUCGAAUGGAGAGCAGUGAUGCAGACUGGCUGGAUGGUGCUGCUUCUAAGUGCUGCUAUUGGAUUCAUGCUCAAUGUUUCAAUCUUCUUGCUGAUUGGAAAGACCUCUGGUCUGGCAAUGACGCUCAUCAGUAUUCCUAAGAACAUCUUGCUUAUUGCUAUUUCUGUUCUGCUCUGGCACACUCCCAUCCAUCCUUUGCAAAUUCUCGGCUACACCGUUGCCCUUGUCAGUCUGCUCUUCUACUCUCUAGGUUGGAGCACAAUCAAAGGUUAUAUGAAGUCCGUUGAACUGCGGGGUGGGAAGACCGAGGAGAAUGGAAAUUUGCUUGCAAAUGAAGUCUAA